AUGAGAGUUACCCUUACUUCUAGAGUCGAGACUUUAGAAGACCAGAUGGCCAUGCUUAUCAGUGAUUUUGACCUCCUUAAGAAGGGUAAUAUCACGGACCAAUCCAAGCCUCAAUGUUAUAAAAAGCUAAAGAUUGACCCCCGUUGGUACUGUGACAGAGUCGACAAGUUAAAAAAUGUUAGCUGGAAUGUCAGGCACCCACCGGAGAAUGCACGGCAAAUCCGUGACGAUGACGAUGAUUUAGAAUUGAAAUUAUCCCAGAAAGUCUUUCACGGCCCUGUUCUUCUCUUAUUGCCAUUGGAGAGUAGAUAUGGGGAGGUUGAAUGGGCUCUACCAAUCAACGAUGUUACUGUCAGAGGCGUUUUACAGGCUAUCCACGAUCACAUCAAAGCCUACGAGGAGGCUUGUGAGGAGGGAGAUGAAUGUGAAGAGGGUGUCUUUGAGGGUUUAUCUUUCUGUAGCACCGGCGUCUGGAGAGUAGACAUGGGUUCCUGA